UACUCCUCCCACUUUACCCCCACAGGUACCCAACCUUGUUGUGGUGCUCCCAUGGAAAUCGGUGCUGCCCAGUUUCCCCCUUGCCCCAUACCCUCCCAUAUCAAGUGCUUCAACUGUCAGGGCAAUCAUUAUAAAUGUGACUGUCCUCAUGCCAAAGGGAAUGGGCAUGCUAGGCCUAACAUACAAGAAGCAAUGCAGGAGGCACAAGAGACUGCCUUGCACCAGAUGUCUUUCAAGGAGAUGCAAGCCUUCUUCUAUGACAAGCAGAUCAAUGAGAUGAAGGUUCAGGGAAAAGAGUUUGGCCAGUAG